AUGUUGCACACUGAACCAUCUUUCUCCAUUUAUGCUGAUGAAGAUGGGUGUCUUGAAAACCAGAAAGGGGAUUUGGGGACUAAAACUUUGGAAGGAAUGGAUAGUUGCGGAUUCACUUUUGCAAAGAGGAGUAUGGGAUUGAUUGUGGAGGGUGAUGAAGAUGAUCUUCAUAAAUUCAAGAAUUUGGGAACUGAAGAAGAGAAUGCAAAAGACCAGAUCGAACCACCAAGUCCUAAAAUGUAUCUUGCUACAGGGCUUGGGAUUGAUGGUAUGGGAGGUUUCAAUGAGAGUGGUGAUGUCGAGGAGGAGUACUACUAUAAGAUGAUGAUGUCCGAGGGAGAUCUUACUGGGGCUGAGGAUUACUAUUUUCGUGCUACAAUAAAAGAUCCUAAUGAUGGUGAAAUUCUGAUGCAAUACGCUAAGUUAGUCUGGGAGCUUCAUCGUGACCAGGAUAGAGCCUUAAGUUACUUUGAGAGAGCUGUUUAUGCUGCUCCCGGAGACUGUAAUAUUCUUGCAGCAUAUGCUAGCUUUCUGUGGGAUAUAGACCAAGUACAAGAUGAAUCUUAUUCAGAAGAAAGCUCACCACAACUUGUUGCAACUGGGCUUGGGGCUAAUGUUGACGGUCUCAGCCAGCAGUAA